CCGUAUAGUGAGAAAGUUAAGAGUGGCGCCCCAAAAUCCAAAAGUGGGAACCAUGGAGCUGGCUCUUCAGUACAUAUCCGGAACACUUCCGAGAGACGGCAAUUCUCUUAUCCACUCUCCUCACUCUCAUUUCAACAACAUCACCGUCCACAAGUCUCUUCUUCUCCGUCAAUUCACAAGAAAUCAGUAUGCAUCCCGGGAAUCUCAGUUUCAAUUUCAGGCUUCUCUUGGCAGUACCAGUACCGGUACCAGCAUUCAUGAGGAUCGGAAAAGGAACUGCAACAGAAAGCUUUCGUACGAUGAUAAUGGUGGAAUCGACCUAUCCUCAGAAGAAGAGGAUGCUUUGGGCCUAGCUGCAGAUAGGACGGCGAGGUCGUCGGAGGACUACUCCUCAUUUUCAACAUUCCUCUCAUUGAGCGAGAAGCCGGACCGGAACACGGCCAUGCUCGACGACUAUGAGAUGGAGGAACUCGACUUUCUCCCCGACCCUAAUCAUCACAGUGGAUAUGUGGCUGUACUUGGGAAGCCAAAUGUUGGAAAGAGUACACUAUCAAACCAAAUGAUAGGACAAAAGCUCUCAAUUGUUACAGAUAAACCUCAAACUACGAGGCAUCGAAUCCUUGGUAUAUGUUCUGGCCCAGAGUAUCAGAUGAUUCUUUAUGACACACCUGGAGUUAUUGAGAAGAAAUUGCACAAAUUGGAUUCUAUGAUGAUGAACAAUGUCCGUAGCGCUGCCAUUAAUGCAGAUUGUGUUUUGGUGGUUGUUGAUGCGUGUAAGGAUCCCCAAAAGAUUGAUGAAGUGUUGGAAGAGGGUGCGGGAAACCUCAAAGAUAAGGUACCGAAAUUACUGGUUUUGAAUAAGAGGGACCUGAUCAAACCUGGUGAAAUGGCAAAGAAACUUGAGUGGUACGAGAAAUUCACCGAUGUUGAUGAGGUCAUACCAGUGAGUGCUAAAUAUGGUCAUGGAGUGGAUGAUGUCAAGGACUGGAUACUAUCAAAACUUCCAGUUGGGCCAGCUUAUUAUCCAAAGGAUAUUGCUAGUGAGCACCCAGAAAGAUUUUUUGUAGCUGAAAUUAUCAGAGAAAAAAUCUUUAUGCAAUACCGAGACGAAGUUCCUUAUGCCUGUCAGGUCAACGUUGUCAACUACAAAACUAGACCAACUGCAAAAGAUUUUAUUCAAGUUGAGAUUAUUGUUGAGAAAAACUCACAGAAGAUCAUCCUCAUCGGAAAGGAUGGGAAAGCUCUGAAACUACUGGCUACAGCUGCUCGGCUUGACAUUGAAGAUUUCUUGCAGAAGAAAGUUUUUUUGGAGGUUGAAGUGAAGGUAAAAGAAAAUUGGCGGCAAGAUGAAGGACUUCUGAAGCAUUAUGGAUAUGGAGGGCCAAUUCGAGCAUUAUAAUGCUGUGUUUCCAUUGCACUCGAUACAAAUUGCAGUGAAGAUGAUCGUGUAAUUGGAAACUCAUGAUUUAGUGUGCAUUAAGUGAUUAUGUGAUGAUGUUUCUUUUUUGGUAGUGUGAUCAAGUUGGAAAUUGCAGAAGCUUGUCAUCGAUCUUCUCAAUAGCUGGAGUCAGGUACUGUAAUAUUCAUUGUGAAUCGCUCUUAGGCCAUGGUGUUGGGUACCGCACAGUAUUGUAUUUUCUUUACUAUUUUGGUGUUAGUUUUAGGUAUCUUCUUUCCCUUUACCUUGGCAUUACGUCAACGUGGAUCACAUCACUUUUUUAUUUGGCAAAAAUUUUUGGUCUUCGAUUAUUGAAAGUGAGGUCAUUACCCCCUUUAGUUGGUAGGGCACUUAGUUCUCUAAGUGGGUGUACCCGUGUUCGAGUCCCUCUCCUAAUUUGUAGGGAAAAAAAAAAAUUACUGGCUUAGGUGGCUAAUCUCUGAUAGUUAUGCUUGCAUGGAGAUGGAGCCAUGGACUCGCAUCAGUCUUUGUUAUUCUACAACUGCUUCCCCGGCUUGUACUUCAUGGACUAAUUUAUUCUUUUGUUAAAACGUAGUCAAGUUUAUGGAACCAACCCUGCUUGCAAUACGAGCAUCAUUUAUGUUACUUCUA